AUGAAGCUCUUGCUUAUCUUCAUACUGCUCCCUUCAAUCUGCUGGGCCGCGUUUGCGCAAGCGGAUAAGGACGAGAUACUCGAUGUCCAUAACAGCAUGCGAUCCCGAAUUGCCCUCGGCCUCUACACCGCCAAGUCCAAAACUUUCCCAGCAGCUGCUGAUAUGACGAAAAUGAAAUGGGACUCCGGCCUAGAAUCGCAAGCUCAAAACUGGGCAAACCGAUGCCAGUUUGCGCAUUCCGGUACGAAUGGAGUUGGCGAGAACAUUUAUAUGGCCUCCAGCUCAAACACGUUACCGAUUCGAGGCCAAGGAAAAGCUGCCAGCAACGCGUGGGAGAAAGAAUUUCCGGACAAAGGCUGGCCUGGAGUGCCCUAUUUUGACAUGAACGUUUUUAACAGCGGAAUUGGACACGCGACUCAGAUGGCCUGGGCGUCGUCGAGUAAAAUCGGAUGUGGCGCCACGCAAUGUCAGAGCGGGAAAUCGGUAUUUGUCGUGUGUCAGUAUAGCAAGCAAGGAAAUUACCUGAAUCAAAACGCGUACUCGGCUGUCGUCCUGACGGCUGUCAAGGCUUGGGCUGGAGAAAUUGAGAGAUAUGGCUGGCCCGAUUUCCCGGAGUUCACCAAAGAAAUCCAUGAUCGAGGGGUCAAGCACGCACCGCAGAUGAUCUGGGGCAGGACGAAAAAGAUUGGUUGCGGACUGGCGAGUUGUGCCAAUAAAACAAAAAUGAUGUUCGUCUGCCACUACGAUCCCGCCGGCAACUGGCUGAACGGGGACGCCUAUACAAAAAAAACCAAAAAACGCAGG